UCUUUAAAUUUAUUUGAGGAAGAAAAACAAAAAAGAUCCCCAAUUUUCUCCAAAAAAGAAAAAAAAAAAAGUGAAAAAAAAAUGUAGUAAGAGAGAAAAACACGAAUCGAUCGUUUUUUGUUUUUUAAUUAAAUUUUCUGGUUUGUAAGUUCCAUAUAAUUUCUGCAACGUUUACUCAUUAAUGCUUUUCUUUUCUUCUGCUGGCUGUUUUACUUGAAUUGGUGAAGGAUCACGAAAUUUCACGCUGGAAUUUGUUUACCCUUUUAAGGAUAAUUGAAUUAUUUUACCCAUUGAAAUAAAAAGAAAUUUUGUGAGUUAUAAUUGUAGUUGAAGUUAUAGUGGUAGAAGUAGAACAAGUUUUGGUUGGUGUUUGGAGAAAGUAAGGGUUUGUUUAUAGAACUCAGAGAGAAAUUCUACUUCUUUGGCUCCUCCUUUAAGAUUAUUAUCGAUGCCGGAUAAUAAUUGGCAGGUUCAGAAUGGUGUAUCAUCUACUUCUAUUGCCACCUCUGAUAAUUUAGAAGAAGCGAUGUGGCAAUUGAAAAUACAGGCUCAGGAGGGCCAAGACGGAAUAGCUUCCAAUCCAGCUUCUUAUCCUGAUCGCCCUGGUGAACCUGACUGUAUCUAUUAUUUAAGGACAGGGUUGUGUGGUUAUGGCACUAAUUGUCGAUUUAAUCAUCCUGUCUAUUCAGGGCAGGCUGCUCAGCACAGGGGUGAACUUCCUGAAAGAGCUGGACAACCAGACUGCCAGCAUAUGUCGCAGUAUUUUAUGAAGACCGGUACUUGCAAAUUUGGUGCAAUUUGUAAAUAUAAUCACCCACGAGAUAGACAUGAUGCAGGACAGAUUCCACUAAACAUUUUGGGUCUACCCAUGCGUCAGGAAGAGAAGCCUUGUCCAUAUUAUAUGCGAACUGGUAACUGUAAGUUCGGAAUUGCCUGCAAGUUCAAUCAUCCCCAGCCUGCUGCUGCGCUUGGAGCUGUAUUACCAGUCACUGGACCCACUGCUUAUGGGUCCGCGGGUUCAUCUGUAACACCUCCUUCAGGUCUUCCAUAUGCAGGUGGUCUUCCUACAUGGUCUUUGCCGAGAGGACCAUCUAUCUCUGGCCAAUCCAUGCAAGGAGGACCUCAGGCAUACAUGCCUGUAGUUCUUUCGUCUUCACAAGGCCUGUUGCCUACACAGCCAGGAUGGAGUACUUAUAUGGGAACUAUGACCCCUGUAUCAUCUACAAACGUUCUUGGAUCCCACCUUGUCUACGCUUCGAAGCAAGGCGAGUCAGGUCCAAAUGGGCAGGUGCACUCGUCAUCUUUCACGCAGUACCCUGAGAGACCUGAACAACCAGAAUGUCAGUAUUACAUGAAGACUGGAAGAUGCAAAUUUGGACCCUCUUGCAAGUACCACCACCCAAGAGACAAGAUUGCUCCAUUGGCUACAAAUUCAAUGAGUCCAUAUGGAUUACCUUUAAGACCUGGCCAAGCAGUUUGCACAUACUACAGUCUUUAUGGAAUCUGCAAGUAUGGUGCAGCUUGCAAAUUCGAUCAUCCCAUGGCAGGAUUCUAUAAUUGUGGCGGGAGCAUGCCAUCUUUAUCUAUACCAGACUCAUCUAUCAUUCCUUACCAAAGAAACUCGCUACCAUCCCAGUCACCAGAAACUUCUCCAUCCAAAUCUUCCAGGUUACCCGACCAAACCGAAGAAUCUAAUGGCAAACAGCAAGACCAAAAUAUAAAACCUCCAGAAGAUCCUAAACAAGAUUCUCUCUCUUCUACAAAUCCUAAAUCAUCUUCACUGGAACCUCUAAACGAUCUAUCUGAUUAAAUUAUACCUUGCCCAUUUUGACCUUUUCUUCUACUUUUUCUCGCUACUUUUACUUGUGUUCAGUUCCUUGAGAGGAAAAUUCUCUCACGUCUUAUGCUCUGCAUCCCUGAUAUCACCUGCGACUAAGCGAAUUGGGUUAGGAUAAUUUUUGUAGAGAUGCAUUGGGGUGGGGUGAGACUGUGUAGGCAUUCGGGGGACAGCUUUUCUUCUGGUGAAUAAAACAAAUGCAGGUGAAAUCUCAGUUUUUUGGUUCUCAAAAUUGUUUUUCGUCCUUCAUAAGUUGAGAUGUUAUCUAGUUGUUCCUAUCUUGUGACCACUUUGAGUUUGGGAACUUUCCCUAGGGGUUUGUUUAGAAAGGGGGAGGGUUACUCAUGUUUCUACUGUUGGCUCUUUUUAAUUUUAUUCUCGUUUUCUUUUCUUUCCCGUUUGGGAUGUGCUUAUUACCAAGACUUGUUGUUCAGAAACACUGGUUUGUGUGCCAUAUCAGAUAAAACAUUUUUAUGCAAAUAAUUGUCCAUUUAUUAGCAGGUAAAAACUGUAAUCUACUUUUGGUAGGAGGUACUGAGAAAUCCAGGAAUAUGCAUAUGUUGCUGUUUGUAGCUUUCAUGAAG